GGUGUAUUCCGUGCCCUCUCUCCCCGCCCUCUGCAGGGCGCUGCUGAGCACGGCCUGGAGAAGAUCCCAGAGCCCAUCAAAGAGGCCACAGCCCUGUUCUAUGGACCCCCGGCUGCAGCCAGCGGCACCCUCCCAGAGGGCCAAGUGGAUUCGCUGCUCGCCAUCAUCUCCAGCCAGAGGGAGCGUUUCCGCGCCCGGAACCAAGAGCUGGAGGCUGAGAACCGCAUGGCCCAGCACACCCUGCAAGCCCUGCAGAGCGAGCUGGACAGCCUGCGUGCCGACAACAUCAAGCUCUUUGAGAAGAUCAAGUUCCUGCAGAGCUACCCCGGCAGGGGCGGCAGCAGCGACGACACCGAGCUGCGCUACGCCUCCCAGUACGAGGAGCGCCUGGACCCCUUCUCCUCCUUCAGCAAGCGGGAGCGGCAGAGAAAGUACCUGAGCCUGAGCCCCUGGGACAAGGCCACCCUUAGCAUGGGGCGUCUGGUUCUCUCCAACAAGAUGGCCCGCACCAUUGGCUUCUUCUACACCCUGUUCCUGCACUGCCUGGUCUUCCUG